GAAGUACCUGUUUCUGAUGGUGGAAGAACCUGGUUCUUUGAGUUAAAAGUUUGUGAUGAAUUAAGGAGUUUGAAACAAUGAUGAAAGGAAGAAAAGAGGAGGCAAAGGUGAUGAGUCCUAUGUUUCCUAGGCUUCAUGUAAAUGAUAAAGAGAAAGGGGGGCCAAAGGCACCUCCAAGGAACAAAAUGGCCCUCUAUGAGCAACUCAGUAUCCCUUCCCAAAGGCUCAACGCCGCAUCACUUCCACCAAAUAAUACCAACAGCUUGGUUCCUUCAAUAUCUUCAAGCCAUGGUGAAGGUAAUGAAACUAGUAUGCUUAUGCCAUUUGGAUACGCCCAUGAAUCUUCAAUUUCGCCUGCCAAGUUUCAUUCUUAUUCCAUUCAUGGGACUAAAAUAAGAACCGUCAAAGGAGUUCAAGAUGAUAAAUUCUCGAAAUCUAUGGAUUGCCGUAGUUUUGAUACCGUCCCACCAACUCCAGCUGCUCCUGAAAAAAAUACAUUUCAACCUCGCUAUUUCUCUAGCUUUAAGAAAGUUUCUCCGAGGAAGCUAGUCAAUAAUGAUGACCUUAAGGUUCCUACGUCUGCUCUGUCGGGAAUAGAUCGAAAUAGCUGUUGCAGUAAGCAGGGCGAAAACCGGGAACAUUUUCCUAAAUCAAACUCAAGCUCUUCGAUGCAACAUCAAAAUGCUAAUGGAAUUUCUGUAGAUCCAAAGUUUAGAAGAUAUGUGGGGAACCAAGCUGAGGAGAAUGGAAGAUUAUUUCGAAGCAAUCAAGACAUCAUGGAAAGAUCUAAUUUAGCCAGAGAUAAUAUCUUAGCUGAUGCAUCAUCUGACCAGCAAACCAAAAUCAAGGAUUCGAAAUCAUUGAAACGACCACAUGAUUCAUGUAAUAAAGAAAACAAAACCAGUUCAGUGGUUGUAUUGAACAGUAAAUUUCGUGCAAAUGCUCGGUUAUAUCAUGAGCAUAUUUCAAUGGAGUCUGUCGAGACUCUGGAAAAUGCUUCCAAUGUGAGAAAUGAGUUAUGCUUGCGACAAUUACUUGGAGUUGAUAAUGGAAUUCCGAAAGCAUUUGAAAACAGAAGUAAAGCCGUUGAAGAAAAGAAUACUGGAGAUAGGCAAAUUGGGGGAGUGAACAUACAUGAUAAUGUCCCAAGUACCUCCUUGGAGUCCCUGUCUAAUUUGGAUAUACGGCCCGAUGAUAUCGUGGGAGUAAUAGGUCAGAAACAAUUUUGGAAAGUACGAAGAGCUAUAAUCAACCAACAAAGAAUCUUUGCUGUGCAAAUCUUCGAGUUGCACAGACUCAUAAAGGUUCAGAGGUUGAUUGCUGGGUCACCAAAUAUAUUGCUUGAAGAUGCCUGUUAUAUGGGCAAACCGUCUUUAAAUGCUUCUUCAAUCAAGAAGUUCCCAUCUGAUAAUGUUCCUGAAUCGGCAAUGAUUGUUAAAAUCAGAAAUAAUUCUCAGAAACCAAAUAUCAGCAUUGAAUCUGCAGAUGAGAAUGCAGUUGCAAAGCUUCCCCUUCCUUUUGCCGACGAUGAUACCAGCAAAGGACUUGUUACACAUCGACCCAAUGCGUUGUCGUCACCGAUGGCUGCCGAUACCAGAUCAUCUCCUUGGGGUUUCUCUCCACCUGGAAGUCAGUGGUUAGUACCUGUAAUGUCUCCUUCUGAAGGAUUUGUCUACAAGCCGUAUGCAGGGCCUUGUCCUCCAACUGCAGGUUUCUUGGCACCGGUUUAUGGUGGCUGUGGUCCUCUGAACCUACCUGCAGGUGGUGCAGACUUUUUGAGCACAACUUACGGUGUUCCUGCUUCUCACCUACACGGAGUUGGGAUUCUUCCUGGCAACCCUCCUAGAUGUCAGACAUAUUUUCCACAUUACGGCAUGCCAGUUGCAAAUCCAACAGUUUCAGGCUCAACAGUUGAGCAGAUUAGCUCGUUCCAAUCAAAGGGCAAUCAGUUAUCAACAGGUGAUGUGAACUUCCACACAGCUCAACAAAGUUCAUGCAACAUGCCAAGUCAGAUGAAUCAAGUAGUCCCUCUGAGAAAACUGCCUGCAUCUAAAGACAGUGAAAUACAGGGAAGUACAGCAAGUAGUCCCCCUGAGAGGUCUAAAGGGGAUGCACUACUUCCUCUUUUUCCUACGAAACCCACAACUCAGGCAUAUACUGACAAUGCUCAGACUAGUGGGGAGAAAACACGAGUUAUUAAGGUCAUACCGCAUAAUCGCAGAUUAGCAACCGAAUCAGCAGCUCGGAUUUUCCGGUCUAUUCAAGAAGAAAGGAAACAAUAUGAUUAGUGUUUGUGUCUAUAAUGACAUACGUCACUCGGGAAAUGAUUGCAUGUGUACUCAUCAAAUAUUUGUUACUUUUGUAUUUUUAUUAAUAACAUGUACAUAGACCAUAAGUUUGAAAAGUAAUCAACUUUUUCUCAAUUGCAAUAAUGACUGCUUCUGUUUUUAAUGGUUGCAGAAAAUCUUGGCCGUAUUAGAAAAUCAUAUAUCAAGCAUAUACUUCUCUGGAAGUCUUUAAUUAUCCAGGAUUUCAAGUCUAUGAUUCAACAAAUUCUGACUCUGAUACCAGAGUUCUUCAAACACCAUUAUCUUAGAAGUUGCUUUAAUGGUGUUCACAUUGAUGUACUGUUUCAACUUUGAAUUGUUAAGCUGAAACAACUAAUAGGAGAAACCCAAUUUGAAGAAUGCAAUUAUUACUCGGACCAAGUGUUCCUUCAUUGCCUAAGAACAGUAAUACUUACAAGUACCGAAAUCCAACCACCUGGACUCAUGAAGUCGGGGACUUGGGAUUAUUGAAAACGAUGCUCAGAACAAACUUCGAAUAAUGCAAAUAGAGAUUAUGCAUGAAUUUUUAUUAAUAUGCAAUGACUUUACAAGCAUUUGUCAGAAUUUCCAGGGCCACCAUAAAAGAAAUGAGUAGCAUAGUCCUUCACGUUUCCCAUUUGUAAAUCAUAGCAUUCAGGUGUUGACACAUAUG